CAGACCCACGACCCUGCUCCCGCGUCUGGUUCUGGGGGUGCCUGACGACGGGGCUUUGUUUCUCAGCCUGCAGGUGCUGGCCGGCACUGUGCCCCUCGCAGCUGCCCACAGGCACAGCUGGGCCUGGGCUCGGCUCCUGCCGCGCUGCCCGCCGGGGGGACCGGAGCGGACAAUGUUCCCGAAGAAGCAGAAGCAGGCGGCGGGCGCAGACGCGGGGCUGUCGGGCAGCCGUAAGCGGGGCCGGCAGGACGCGGAGGCGGCGCCGGGAGCGGAGAGCCUGGCGGAGGCAGUGGAGCAGGCGCGGCGCAGAGCAGCCCCGUCCGUGCGCGAGUUCAAGUUCAACAAGAAGAGGGUGCGGCUGCUGUCCCAGGAGUCCCACUUGCAGGAUGGCGCCCUUGGCAUCCUGUACUGGAUGUCCCGGGACCAGCGCGUGCAAGAUAACUGGGCCUUCCUGUACGCCCAGCGCCUGGCCCUGAAGCAGCAGCUCCCUCUGCACGUCUGCUUCUGCCUGGUGCCCAAGUUCCUGGAAGCCACCAUCCGCCACUUCGGCUUCCUGCUCAAAGGCCUGCGGGAGGUGGCCGAGGAGUGCGGGGAGCUGGGCAUCUCCUUCCACCUGCUCCAGGGCUACGCCAAGGACGUGCUGCCAGGCUUCGUGACGAGGCAUGGCAUCGGCGGGGUGGUCACCGACUUCUCCCCGCUCCGCGUCCCCUUGCAGUGGGUGGAAGACGUCAAGGAGAGGCUCCCGCAGGAUGUGCCGCUGGUACAGGUGGAUGCUCACAACAUCGUUCCCUGCUGGGUGGCCUCCAACAAGCAGGAGUACGGCGCCAGGACCAUCCGGCCGAAGAUCCACGCCCAGCUCCCCGAGUUCCUCACGGAGUUCCCCCCCAUCGUCCAGCACCCGUUCCCCGCCGCGGCCCCCGCGCAGCCCAUAGACUGGGACGCCUGCUACGCCAGCCUGGAGGUGGACCGCACGGUGUCGGAGGUGAAGUGGGCAACGCCGGGGACAGCCGCGGGUCUGGUGGUGCUGCAGGCAUUCGUUGCCCGGCGGCUGCCGGGGUACAGCGAGUACCGCAACAACCCCAACAAGCCCGCGCUCAGCAACCUCUCGCCCUGGUUUCACUUCGGCCAGGUGUCUGUGCAACGUGCUGUCCUGGAGGUGCAGAAGUCCCGCGACCGCCACCGGGAGUCUGUCGACAGCUUCGUGGAGGAGGCCGUGAUCCGGCGAGAGCUGGCGGACAACUUCUGCUUCUACAACAAAAGCUACGACCAGCUGGAAGGUGCACAUGACUGGGCCAGAGACACGCUGAGGCUCCACGCCAGAGACAAGCGGGAGUAUCUCUACGACCUGCAGCAGCUGGAGGAGGGGAAGACGCACGACCAGCUCUGGAACGCGGCCCAGAUCCAGAUGGUCCGCGAGGGCAAGAUGCAUGGCUUCCUCCGUAUGUACUGGGCCAAGAAGAUCCUGGAAUGGACCCGGUCCCCGGAGGAUGCCCUGCGCUUCGCCAUCUACCUCAACGACCGCUUUGAGCUGGACGGCAGGGACCCCAACGGCUACGUCGGAUGCAUGUGGUCCAUUUGCGGCAUCCAUGACCAAGGCUGGGCCGAGCGGAACGUGUUCGGGAAGAUCCGGUACAUGAACUACGCUGGCUGCAAGAGGAAGUUUAACGUGGGCCAGUUCGAACACAAGUACCGGCCCUGAACGCUGAGUGGAUAGCCGGUGAGGGGCCCUCGCCGGCCUCCCCGUACAAGUCCACUCCCUCAGAGGCAGGAGCUCUUGCCGCAAGCAGUCUGCAUAGCUGUCCCCGGAUAGCGGGGACUCUGCCUUUUCCAGACCAGCUGCUGCAUGUAUUAGCAUACAUUUGCUUGAGAGACUAGUCACGCUGCAGGACCAGGAGACAGCCUCUCCCCCAGCGCUGGGUUUUUAGUGCUGCUCUUUCUAGAUGGAUUGCAUCCGAAAAGGAAGUGGCCGGAGGGGCAGGAAAGGGAGCAAGCACCCUGUCACGAACUCACCAUUUUUUGAGGCGUUCGUGGAAUAUCGCAGAGGUUUUCUUGGGCUGGCUUCACUGCUAGGUUGUGUGCCAUCUCUAUAGAUCGAUAGCCUUAAACUAUGUUUAGCUAUCCCCUCCUUAUGUCUAUGAUUUGGGGUAUUUGGCUGGUACCAAAGUAUUUUUAUAUUUCCUCUUUUGGCCAGGAUUGUUUAACAGGGCAACAAUUAGGGCUGCUGCCCUAGCCCCACAUCCAAGGAGUAAGCAACUAGGAAGCAUACAUUUAAUAACUAGGCAGGCUAUUACCUGUUGUUAGCACCCCAACAGGUGGUCGGGUGGAUACAUGACUCCAGACCUAUGCUCACAGGCCAUGAUAGCUUCUGUUUUAAAGAGAAGAGGCAUCAGCUGGGGAACAGUCCAGCCACAGACUUAUUGGAGGGAAUAAGUGAAAGACCUAUGGCUCGCAGAGAUAAAUGAUGAUAUUCAAGGAUAUCCAGUUGGCAAUGUUUACAUCUGAAAGGAUGUAAGGAUUCACCUGGUCGUAACUGGGUUGGGGAAGACUUCAAAGCUG